GAUCAUCCAAAACCAGUCGUGCGAGGGAUUUCGAGAGGGCUGCCAGUAAUUAUAGGCACGUUGGAUAAGGAGGAUUACAAGCCUUUGUGAUGCUGUCCACCCCUUACGGGUUCCAGGAUGACAGCCAAUCACCGCCUGACAAACGUGUCGCAUGUCGUUCAUAAGCCCAUGCGGAUGAGAAAUAUGGGAAUAUGAACUGUCAUAUGCAUCCCUUCCGAGUCCGACCCAUUGCAAUUGCACCUCUCAAAGGUCCAGGAGAGAUGGACAUAUAUCCUGAAAGUACUCCACGCAGAGCAAAGCGUUUGCGUUCAGCCUCGGGCGCUGCUGUCACAGCUCCGCAGUCAGACAAUCCUCGAUUGUCUAGCCCAAUGUCUAGCGACGACCAGGCUGAAGAUGACGCUUACAGCACCCCUCCAGCACCACAAUUCAAACGUCGCGGCCGCAAACCUGGGGCGCUUUCACGCGCAGCACGUGAAGCUCAGCGGAAGAUCAAUCACUCGCUCAUUGAAAAAGCUAGGCGCACCAAAAUUAAUGAUGCCCUGGCCGCUUUAAGAGAGCUUGUGCCUGCGAAAUACAAACGAGUCAAUGAAGCUCUAGAAGCCAGUGAUGAGGAUGAAGAUGAUGAACAUAAGAAGGGCAAAGGAAAGCCAAAGACAGGAGAAAAGGAAUUCAAGCUCGAGAUUCUGGUGCGAACGGUGGCGUAUCUUCAGGACCUAACAGAGAAGGUGAAACGUCUCGAGGAAGAUGGGUGCAAGCAAUGUAUUUGCCAUCCAUCUUCUUUUGACGCCAGAGCGUCCAAGCGAAGGAAACAGGACGCUGAACAAGAUGAUGGUGCAAUGACUGAAGUGGUGUCCGCUGAGGACUCGUCCUCCCGCUUGCCAUCAAUUUCUACCUGGCUUCCACAUUCAUCGCAAGAACGGACUCGGACAGCCCUGACUUCUUCCCAGUCACCAUCCACCCGACCAGUUCCGUGCUCUUCGAAGUCCCCAUCGCAACAACUCCCAACACCUCCAACUUCCGCAACAUUCAUGGGCUCCUCCUCCGUCUCUGGAGUCCCACCUGUUCUGACUCUCCCUUCUCCCAGUACAUUCCUUCCGCAAUCGGGAACAAACAUCCACCCUUGUUUUUCGGGUUUUGUUCCACGACGGAAUCGUAGCGACACAACAUCAUCCUCGCCAGUGUACACUCCAGAAGAUGAAACUGCCGCAUCGCUAUUGUUGCGCAUCAGUACCUCCACGCUCGUAACCUCACCACAACUGCCAUCAAAGCCAGCGUCCCCGUCAAGUUCCAUAAGCGAGUCACGAACAGGACGACUACGAGAAGAGUCCGUGCAUGCACUGACACCAAGCCAUUUAUUAGGCUUGACAGCAGGAAAGUGAAAACAAAUCCUGGUGGGAAUCGUGACGUACCUCGAUCUGACAAACUUGACGCUUAUAUAUAUCUUGUAACUUACAAUUUUGCUCGCACCUCAGUUGUAAGGACUGUUAGUGUAGGAAACAUCAUGCAUGGCCUUUUGCUGAUUGUAAAAAUAUGGUAACUAUAUUUUGACUAUAUGAUCGAAUCGGUGUACUAGUACUGUAGAGUCUCGAGUUGUUCAGUGUUUGUAAUUAAUACUUCUUUAGAACCUUUC